CCUGUCUCUGUAACCAAUACUUGCUGGAUGCUGGCUCUAUGGCAGGUGAAUGAGUCAAUGGCUGCCGUACUACGUGAGCACAGUUGGAUUUGACUGAGUCUGUUGGAUUAUUCAGUGGGAAAUAAGGCGGAAUGAGAGCUGGUGUAACUGCAGUUCCGGCUCUGAACGAAGAUGAAGUGUUACAUUCUCCUGGUAACAGUCACAGCUGUGGCUCUGCAGUUAUGCGGCGUUUCUCAAGCAUCACUUGUGAUCAAGGAGCAGACAAAUGGAAUCAUUUUGGAAUGUCCACACAGUAAAUCAUGGAAAAAGGAUGGGAUAACGUAUGAUAAGGUGAUGGACAAUGGGAAUGUCAUACUCUCGACGCUGUCAGACAGUGAUUCCGGGGAAUACAGCUGUACAGGUGAUCAUGGAACGUCUUCAGCUUUGGUGUUUGUCAGAUUUUGUAGGAACUGUGUGAAGCUGGAUCCUGGUACCAUCUCAGGGAUUGUGGUUGGGGACAUCAUUGCCACCACCUUGAUCGCUCUGGCUGUUUACUUUGUGCUAUCUUCCAACAAGGACAAAGCUUCCAAUGAGUCUGAGAAGCAGAACCUCGUUCCUCUUGAUCACAAUGAUCUUUAUCAGGAUCUUGGGACACGAAGGGGAAGCUGUGAAUACAGCCAGCUUUCCCCCGCCUGAAAAUCUAACCCACUCUCCUGAGACUGGCCCAACAGCAACGCUUCCCACCUCGAUCACUGCUUUUCUGUUACUCAAUAAUGCCUUUCAUGUUAUUCAGUAAUGUUUUUCUGACCUUUGGUUGUUGUUAAUGAGUCUAUAUAAGAUCAAUGCAAAUUCAGUGACUGGUUCAACUCCCAGCCUUAUCCCUGUUACCUCUCGUCAUAUAGCACACUGACAAUUACAAACAGGUUAAUAGUUUGCUAAGAGCUUUUGUGAGCAUUCUGUGGGGUAAACAAUUGUUUAGGUUUCACUUCCAGCAAUCUCUCAUUCCAGCUGUUCAUUUGAUAUUUUUUGAGAGAGUAUAGAAUGCUUUACCAAGAGUGAAGGUCUGGAAGAGGAGUAAUGAUGGGGGAAGACAUUAGACAGGGUGACCUUCAGAGGAAAUAACUCUACUCUAUAUUUCAGCACAGCAGCUGGUUUCAGUUUCCUCCAGAUCCUUUUAGUCACUUGAUUUGAUGGAACCCAGGUCUUGCUUAAAACAGAGCUAUGCUGUUGAAGCUUUUCACCUUAUACUCAUCAGGACAGAAUCACAAGAAUACUAAAUCCCAAAGGGAACACCAAUUUAUACUGCAUGAGGAAAAGUUGCUGAUUGGUUUGCAAAUCAGCUCUGCCAAUGCCUUGACUUAUCAAAGGUAACACACUAGUUAGCUCUGAUUCUGCAUUUGGACAGCACCUGCUGGACAAUCUGGAGUGUGCCAAGAAUUUUACUCACAACCAACUGAAGAUUGGUCACAUUGUAGCUCAUGUAUACUUGCUGCAAGCUGCAUCUAUUCAUACACAGUGACUUGCCUUUUGCAGGCAAAGAGAUUUUGUCCAGAGAUUGCAGUUUUUUACAAUUAAACAAAGGGGUGGGACAGUCGUUCUCUGGUGCAGUCUGUGGCAAUGUCUCAAUUAACCUGAUUUAAUUUGCCAGCCCUUCAGCACUCUCUCAUGCAGUAUGAAUUGUUGUUUACUUUGGGAUUUGGAAUUUUUGUGAUUCCGUCCUGAUAAAUAAGAGAUGAAAUACUCUUAACAAGGUGGUUUUUUUCAGCACUAAAGAUGCAUUUCAUUUUCAGACAAGUUUAGGAUUUUAGCUUAAAAAAAACCAAAAGAACUGCGGAUGCUGUAAAUCAGCAACAAAAACA